UUGUUGCAGAUGUAACGAAAAAUUACUAAUCAUGCUAAUUGUUAACAAUUUGUUAUCUAUAUACUCUAAGGUUACGCUAAAUCCUAUUUAGAAUGAGCUUUUGAUUAUCACGUAAGUGAACAUCAUAAAAGAAUUUUUUUGUUAUGUAAUAAAGUUAUCGUCAAAUCUAGAUUUAAAAGCUAGACAUGAUGUCAAAAAUAAAUACUCAUUACACUCCAACGGUUUGUGAGUCAUCUCAAAUAUGUACAGCUAGCAAGUGUAUUAAACAAACAUAUUAUCAUAUACCAAGAACACUAAAAAAAACAAUAAUAGACAACAAUGAAUUCCUUAUUUCACGAUCAUUACCUUUUUCAGAAACAAAUAAAAGAUAUUAUAACAGCAUUCCAGCGAACUUUAAAUCUUCACCCCCGACUUUAGCAAAUUCUGAAAAUAUUGUUAUUCCAUUAAAACAUAAUGUAAACGUUGCUAAGAGUAACGUCGAAUAUAACUACAAACCACAACCAAUGAUUCGAAAAUCAAAACGACAAUUUGUUGAUGAAAAAAAAAAAGAUGAAACAUACUGGGAACGCCGACAAAGAAAUAACGAAGCUGCAAAGCGGUCACGAGAACAAAGAAGAGAAAAAGAAAUUGAGAUUAAUCGAAAAUGCGAACUUUUAGAAGUUGAAAAUGCAAACUUAAAAUUUACAGUAGAAAAUCUUCAAGAAAACAUUCAAAAAUUAGAGGACACUGUCUCUAUGUACAAAGAAAUAUUACGUCGCCAAAAUGUAUCGUAAAAAAAAGAAAUAUUAUUUUUACUCUUUUUUA